CCCAUCAUUGGCAUUUGUGGCAGGAAUAGUGCCCCAUCAUUAGUUGGUGUCAGUGGGGGGUGGAAUAGUGCCCCAUCAUUGGUGUCAGUGGGGGGUGGAAUAGUGCCCCAUCAUUGGUGUCAGUGGGGGGUGGAAUAGUGCCCCAUCAUUGGUGUCAGUGGGGGGUGGAAUAGUGCCCCAUCAUUGGUGUCAGUGGGGGGUGGAAUAGUGCCCCAUCAUUGGUGUCAGUGGGGGGUGGAAUAGUGCCCCAUCAUUGGUGUCAGUGGGGGGUGGAAUAG